GGUGUGAAGAAUAAGCGACGGGACCCAUGCACACUUGCACAGUCGUCAUAGAAAUUGGCAAAAUCUCGACGGCAGCACUGUAGAACACACCCUAUCUCCACCUCCUUCCGAUGCCCUGACGAUGGAAACCCUAGCUAUCUCCCACCGCCUCCUCCCACCGCCUCUCCGCCGCUCAUCCGUUCGCCCUUCCCAUUCCUUCACCUUUUCAUCCCUCGCUCACUCCACCGCUCGUUUCCCCACUCUCAAAUGCGUUGCUCAAUCUCCAACCGCAUCAGUCGACCAUUCAGCGAAAUUCAAGGAAGCUGCGAAGCACGGGAAUUUGAUUCCGUUAUACAGGUCGAUAUUUUCAGAUCAUCUGACUCCGGUUCUGGCUUACAGGUGUCUGGUCAAAGAAGAUGAUCGUGAUGCGCCAAGUUUUUUGUUUGAGUCUGUUGAGCCAGGCUUAAAGGCUUCCAAUGUUGGGCGAUACAGUGUUAUUGGAGCUCAGCCUACAAUGGAAAUUGUAGCAAAGGAGAAUAUGGUUACAGUUAUGGACCACCAUGAAGGGCGGAAGACGGAGGAGUUUGUGGAGGAUCCCAUGCUUGUUCCUAGGAAGAUAAUGGAGCAAUGGAAGCCCCAACGAGUAGACGAGCUCCCUGAUGCAUUUUGUGGUGGCUGGGUUGGUUAUUUUUCGUAUGACACUGUGCGGUAUGUGGAGAAGAAAAAGCUUCCAUUUUCAAAUGCACCAGAGGAUGACAGGAACCUUCCAGAUGUUCAUCUUGGCCUUUAUGAUGAUGUGAUUGUGUUUGACCAUGUUGAGAAGAAAGCAUAUGUGAUACAUUGGGUGCGAUUGGAUCAAUAUUCUUCUGUUGAUGAGGCUUUUAUAGAUGGAAUGGACCGUUUGGGGACUUUAGUGUCUAGAGUUCAUGAUAUUGUUCCCCCAAGACUUUCUCCAGGGGCAAUUAAGUUGUAUACUAGCCUAUUUGGCCCUUCUUUGAAGAAGUCAAACAUGACAAGUGAAGCAUACAAGGAAGCAGUGUUGCAGGCUAAAGAACAUAUUUUGGCUGGGGAUAUAUUUCAAAUUGUCCUAAGUCAGCGUUUUGAACGUCGCACUUUUGCAGAUCCAUUUGAAGUUUACAGGGCCCUCAGAAUUGUCAACCCCAGUCCAUAUAUGACUUAUUUACAGGCUAGAGGAUGUAUCCUUGUUGCUUCAAGCCCUGAAAUUCUUACUCGUGUGAAGAAGAGAAAAGUCACAAAUAGACCCCUUGCUGGGACCAUCAGGAGAGGGAAGACACCCAAAGAAGACUUUAUGUUGGAAAAUCAACUACUUCAUGAUGAAAAGCAAUGUGCAGAGCACAUCAUGCUGGUUGAUCUAGGGAGGAAUGAUGUUGGGAAGGUUUCAAAACCUGGUUCUGUUAAUGUAGAGAAGCUGAUGAAUGUUGAACGGUAUUCUCAUGUCAUGCACAUCAGCUCCACGGUAACUGGAGAGCUGCUCGAUGACUUGAGUACUUGGGACGCUCUUCGUGCUGCAUUGCCUGUCGGAACAGUCAGCGGUGCCCCUAAGGUGAAAGCCAUGGAACUGAUUGAUCAACUGGAAGUGACUAGGCGUGGACCAUAUAGCGGUGGAUUUGGAGGGAUCUCGUUCACCGGAGACAUGGAUAUUGCCUUGGCCUUAAGAACGAUCGUGUUUCCAACAGCACCUCGCUAUGACACAAUGUAUUCAUACAGGGAUGCAAACAAGCGGCGAGAUUGGAUCGCUUACCUUCAAGCCGGGGCAGGCAUAGUAGCUGAUAGCGAUCCUGGUGACGAACAGAGAGAAUGCGAGAACAAGGCUGCGGCUCUCGUCCGUGCCAUCGAUCUUGCCGAGUCGUCGUUUGUGGAUAAAUGAGAGAUGCAAUCAACUUCCAUUAGAAACUUGGGUUUAGGAGACCAGUCCAUGGCUACCAUCAUUAGAUUUUUGUUCAUCUGAGAGUAAUGCAAAGCCAUUUUCAAGCUUUUGGUUUUGUUGCUUCUUUUUUUUAAGUAUGGGACUGAAGAAAGUUGGAAUUAUCAGUGAAAACAUUCACUUUGGUUUUUUUUAUUGGUAAAAUACAACAAAGUUUCUUUUUAGUUCA